AUGUUAUAUUCUUACGAAGCUGAAGAAUUAUCAAAAAAAUUUAUGGAACAAAAUAUUGAAUUACAACAUGAAAUUGAAACAUUUCGUUCUAAACUUGAUUAUAUUGUAACAUAUAUUAAUCAAAAAUUGGAUCAACAAAAAACAACAACAACAACAACAUUAUCAUCUUUAUCUAUACAUCAAUUAGUAUUUGAAACUAUGCAACAAACAGAAAUGAAAUUACUUGAAUUUAAAUUAAAAUUUAUUUCACAACAAGAAGAAAAUGAUCUUUUAAAAUAUUUAGUAUGUAUUAUUAAAAUUUAA